GUGGCCGCAUUAUAAGAGGCUGCCGAGAAGGCGGCAAGCUCUCAGCCGGGCCGUCGGGUGGGAGUCGCGCUUCCUGUCAGCGAGAAAGGUUCGCCAUGUGCGGAAUUUUUGCUUAUCUGAACUACAGAGUACCCAGGACUCGGAAGGAAAUUUUUGAAACCCUGAUAAAAGGAUUACAGAGACUAGAAUACAGGGGAUAUGACUCUGCAGGAGUGGCAAUUGAUGGAAAUAAUAAUGAAGAUAAAGAAAGGUUCAUCAAACUGGUCAAGAAAAGAGGAAAAGUAAAGGCCCUGGAAGAAGAGUUGUACAAACAAGAUGACUUGGAUUCCAAAGCAGAUUUUGAAACGCAUUUUGGAAUUGCUCAUACUCGCUGGGCGACCCAUGGAGUACCAAGUGCAAUAAACAGCCACCCUCAGAGAUCAGAUAAAGGGAACGAAUUUGUUGUUAUCCAUAAUGGAAUCAUCACAAAUUACAAAGACCUGAGAAAAUUUCUGGAAAGCAAAGGCUAUGAAUUUGAGUCUGAAACAGAUACAGAAACGAUCCCUAAACUGAUCAAAUAUAUGUAUGACAACAGAGAGAGUGAAGACACCAGUUUUUCAGCCUUGGUAGAAAGAGUUAUUCAACAGUUGGAAGGUGCUUUUGCACUGGUUUUCAAGAGCAUCCAUUACCCAGGUGAAGCUGUUGCUACCAGAAGAGGGAGUCCUUUGCUCAUUGGAGUUAGAAGCAAGUACAAGCUUUCCACUGAACAGAUUCCUGUUUUAUAUGGAACAUGCAACAUUGAGAAUAUGAAGAACAUGUGCAAUUCACGAAUGAAAAGAUUGGACAGCUCUACCUGCCUGCAUGCUGUUGGGGAUAAAGCAGUAGAAUUUUUCUUUGCUUCAGAUGCAAGUGCUAUCAUUGAGCAUACCAACAGAGUGAUUUUCUUAGAAGAUGAUGACAUUGCAGCAGUAACUGAUGGGAAGCUUUCAAUUCACCGUCUGGAGCGUUCAGCUAGUGACGAUCCUUCCCGGGUCAUCCAGACCUUGCAGAUGGAAUUGCAGCAAAUCAUGAAGGGUAACUUCAGUGCAUUCAUGCAAAAGGAAAUUUUUGAACAACCAGAAUCAGUUGUCAAUACGAUGAGAGGCAGGGUGAAUUUUGAGAACAGCACAGUCCUGCUGGGGGGUCUGAAGGACCAUUUGAAAGAAAUCAGAAGAUGCCGAAGGCUGAUCAUUAUUGGCUGUGGGACCAGUUAUCAUGCUGCAGUAGCUACUCGACAAGUACUGGAAGAAUUAACUGAAUUACCUGUGAUGGUGGAACUUGCUAGUGACUUCUUGGACAGGAACACACCUGUGUUCAGAGAUGAUGUCUGCUUUUUUAUAAGUCAGUCAGGUGAAACUGCAGAUACCCUUAUGGCUUUGAGGUAUUGCAAAGAACGCCGUGCUCUAACAGUUGGCAUCACAAACACCGUGGGAAGCUCAAUAUCCAGAGAGACUGACUGUGGUGUACAUAUCAAUGCUGGACCUGAGAUAGGUGUGGCAAGCACAAAGGCUUAUACCAGCCAGUUUGUGUCUCUUGUAAUGUUCGGCCUCAUGAUGUCAGAAGACCGAAUUUCUCUGCAGAAAAGGAGAAGGGAAAUCAUUAGUGGACUAAAAUCAUUGCCAGAGAUGAUUAAAGAAGUCUUAUCCUUGGAUGAGAAGAUACAUGACUUGGCUCUUGAGCUGUACAAACAAAGGUCGCUGCUGGUUAUGGGUCGUGGAUAUAAUUAUGCCACUUGUCUGGAAGGAGCUCUGAAAAUAAAAGAAAUCACCUAUAUGCACUCUGAAGGUAUCCUGGCUGGUGAGCUUAAACAUGGUCCGCUAGCCCUAAUAGAUAAACAGAUGCCUGUUAUCAUGGUCAUCAUGAAGGAUCCUUGCUUCACCAAGUGCCAGAAUGCUUUGCAACAGGUCACAGCUCGACAGGGUCGUCCAAUCAUCCUGUGUUCUAAGGAAGACACAGAAAGCUCAAAAUUUGCCUACAAAACCAUUGAGCUGCCUCACACAGUUGACUGCCUUCAAGGAAUCUUGAGUGUUAUUCCUCUCCAGUUGCUUUCAUUCCACCUGGCUGUUCUCAGAGGAUAUGAUGUGGAUUUCCCAAGGAAUUUGGCCAAAUCGGUUACUGUAGAAUAACAGCCAAGAAUAGUGGAUAUUUUUAUCACCAGACCUCUGUGUUAUGCUUAUUGAAAUGUGUUGUUCUGAAUCAAUAGGUACAUGUUUUUCAAAGGGAAUGAGAGUGAUAACUGGUCAGUGUCAGAAGGAUUUAUCUUGCAGCUUUAAAAGCUCCCGAUGUGCCUUGUUACCCAAGUGCUUUUGCUCUCAGCAAAUAUUUCUAAGUCCUGAAAUUGCCAAAGGAUAAGAUAAAAAUCAAUGUUUACACAUGGUAUACUGAAUGAACUUUUCUACAGUGCAAUAUAUAUAUAUAUAUAUAUAUAUAUACAGCUCUCUUCAGAGUA